AAUUAUUUUUUACUACUAAUCCUUUUAUAACGUUUUCCAUGUUUUCAAGAAAUAAAAUCUUUUUCUUAUAUUUUUCAUCGAAUUCAUAAUUUUGGAUAAAAUUCCAUGUAACUAUUUUGUUAGGUUACAAUCAGAUUCGUUUGAUUUGUAAUUUAAUAUGUUCACUUUCACGCAGUAUUUUCAAAAGAGAAAUAUACUAAUGCUUUUUACAUCAAAAAUUUGAUAUUUGUUACGUCCAGUUUAAGCAAGCCUUUUUUGACUCAAACAUUUUCAUAUAUUACUCAUUUUUUUCAAAACGAUAUCACUUAUUUAUACGAAGUUUCUUUUCGAGACAUUUCAUUCUGUAAAAAAUAUUUUUUUACUAAUUAAUACUUCAGUUUCAUAUCUUUAUGUAUUAUUCAUAAAAAAUUUAUUAUAUGCAAUGAAAUACACGUGACUGUUAUUAUUGCUAUCGUAUCAUAAUUGUAAUAUACUAAACCUUACGCCAAAUUCUGAGUCCUGGUAUUUUGAAGUCACAAAAUUAUCUCUGGAAUUUUUAAAAAAGAUGCGUCGACUGUAGCAAGGGUUCUGAUCAGAUUUUAAAAUUGAAGAAAACGGAUUAUUCUUACCUUCCUUUGAACAGAACUGUAGAAGACACCUUGCAACACCUCAGUGGAAUUAGUGAAUAAAGAAAAUAUUUUCUGAAAAAAAUUGAAAAAACUGCAAAUUACUUGGGAAUCGAGAUAAGAACUUGGAGCUAAAAUAACAAAGUCCCAACCGAUUGUCCGCAGUGGGAAAUAAAAAAACACUACAAGAAACCAUUGGUGCGAAAAUGUCAAAAAAAAUUGUUCCGCAAUUGAAACAAUUGAAACUUCAAUUUCAAUAAGAAAAAUGGAAAUAAAAAUCGUUUCUAUUGAGGUUAGGCGUUCAGUCGUACCUUCUAACGAAGAUUCAAAACUUCGACAUGACGAAAAAUUCCAGUUCUUCAAAUUUGUCAGAAAUGUUUUUGGGCAUUGGAACAUGGAUAAUAAUUGGCCUAAUUAUUCUCUGGGCACUAUUGGACGUUUUCAGUCGCGUUGGUCGUGCUCUAUUGGAAAUUUUCAUUCCAAUUUUCAAUUCAACACCCAUUGAUCUAAAAUCCAUGUUUGGAGAAUGGGCUGUCGUAACAGGUUCGACCGAUGGAAUUGGCAAAGCCUAUUCCAAGGAACUUGCCAUCAGGGGAAUUAAUUUGGUUCUCAUUUCUCGAACUUUAGAGAAAUUAGAAAAAACGAAACAAGAAAUGUUAGAAAUCAAUCCUAAAAUUCAAGUAAAAAUUAUCGCCGUUGAUUUCAGUAAAGGAAGGGAAAUUUACGAAAAAAUUAAGGAGGAAUUAAAGGAAAUUCCUGUCGGAAUUUUAGUAAACAAUGUGGGACGAAUGUACGAUUAUCCAAUGCCAGUGGGCGAAGUGCCCGAGGAUAAUCUUUGGGAAAUAAUAAAUGUCAAUGUGGGAGCAACAACAUUAAUGACACGCCUAGUAAUUGGCGAUAUGAAGGAACGUAAAAAAGGGGCAAUCGUUAAUAUUUCAUCUGGUUCGGAAUUACAACCAUUGCCAUUAAUGACUGUCUAUGCGGCAACAAAAGUCUACACCAAUAGUUUCUCCGAAGCAUUGAGAGCCGAAUAUUCACGUUAUGGAAUCACUGUACAACAUUUGACGCCAUUAUUUGUCACGACAAAAAUGAACGCUUUUAGUCAAAGAUUACAAAUUGCAAAUAUAUUUGUACCCGACGCAGCAACAUACGCAAAAAAUGCAAUUUCAACAUUAGGAAAAAUUGACAGAAGCUCUGGUUAUUGGGCCCAUGGAAUACAAGUGUUUUUCGCAUUAAUUCCACCAGUUUGGAUAAGAACAAAAGUCGGUCAAAUGAUGAAUCAAUCAUUUAGAAAUGAAUAUUUCAAGCUCAAUAAACGUACAAAUUAAAUA